GUAACAUAUUUCCCUUUUGACUGGCAGAACUGCACUAUGCAGUUCCGCUCUUACACAUAUGACUCAACAGAGAUUGACCUGCAGUAUGCACUGGACUCAAAAGGCAACGAGAUUCGGGAAAUCCAAAUGGACGAAUCUUACAGUGAGGGCGGCGAGUGGCACAUCAGACACAGGCCGAGCAGGGAAGGUCAUAAUGACGAUCGGUACGAGGACAUGAAUUUCUACCUGAUCAUUGAGAGGAAGCCUUUGUACUACGUCCUGAACAUCAUCAUCCCCUGCAUUCUCAUCACUAUCAUCGCCAUUAACUUCUAUCUGCCUCCUGAUGCAGGUGAGAAGAUGGGUCUGUCCAUCAACGUGCUGCUGACCCUCACUGUGUUCCUGCUGCUGCUGGCUGAUAAGAUCCCUGAGACUUCACUGGGCGUCCCCAUCAUCGUCAACUACAUCAUGUUCACCAUGAUCCUGGUCACGUUCUCCGUCAUCCUCAGUGUGGUCGUCCUUAACCUGCAUCACCGCUCCCCUAACACCCACCAGAUGCCCAUGUGGGUCCGCAAGAUCUUCAUCCACAUGCUUCCUCCUUACCUCGGCAUGCUGCGGCCAAAAGUAGAGACCCCCCUGUCCCUGGAGACCAUGCCCCGCCGGGAGAAAAAGAAGGUUGCCAUCAGCAAAGUGGCUGAUGAAUACUUUAUCCGCAAACCAGACUCCUCCAUCUUGUUCCCCAAGCCCAACAGGUUUCAGCCAGAGGGCAUGUGUACGGACCUAAGAAAAUUUAUUGAUGGCCCAAGUACCUACCUGUCGUUACCUGAUGAGCUUAAGUCAGCCAUAGACGCCAUCACGUAUAUCGCAGAGGCACUGCAGGCUGAGAAGGACUAUGAAGCUCUGAAGGAGGACUGGCAGUAUGUGGCUAUGGUGGUGGACCGCAUGUUCCUGUGGAUCUUCGUCAUCUUCACCACUGUGGGAACCUUGGCCAUCUUUGCUGAUGCCAGCUUCAACCACACACCCACCGACCCCUUCAAGUCCCCCUGAGGCACUGGAACUUUUGUGUUUCUUAAACAAAUCUUCUUCCUAAUGUACCACCUUUAAAACAUGGGGGGAAAGAAAUCACUGUGUUAAACUGCCAAAUGAUUUUCUGUGUGAAGUCCACCAUCGGCCAUUGUUCCUACUGCACCUCACAUUUUUUCUAUUGCCAAUUUACCCUCUAUUUACUUUUCUUGCUCUGGCAAACCACAAAUGACCUCAAGAUGUUUCUCUUGUGUAAGAUGCAGAAGAAAUACACGUUGACACUAUUCCA